AGAAAAUCUAAACUAAAACUAAUCUCUUUCAGCCAUGGCAAAAGAGAAGACUCAUGUCAAUGUGGUCGUCAUUGGCCACGUUGACAGCGGCAAGUCGACCACGACCGGACACCUCCUCUACAAAUGUGGUGGUAUUGACCAAAGAAGACUGGAGAAGUUUGAGAAGGCUGCAGCUCAGAUGGGGAAGAGCUCCUUCAAAUUUGCCUGGGUUUUGGACAAGCUGAAAGCCGAGCGAGAGAGGGGCAUUACCAUUGACAUUUCCCUGCUGAAAUUUAACACCCAGAAAUACACCAUGACUAUAAUUGAUGCUCCGGGGCACCGUGACUUCAUUAAGAACAUGAUAACUGGGACAUCACAGGCCGAUGUCGCCCUCUUGGUGGUCUCCGCAGCUAAAGGAGAGUACGAGGCCGGUGUGUCUAGAAGCGGCCAGACCAGAGAGCACGCCUUACUGGCUUACACCCUGGGCGUCAAGCAGACAAUAGUCUGUGUGAACAAAAUGGACCUGACCGAACCGCCUUACUGCCAGAAACGCUUCGAAGAAGUGGUGCGAGGAGUGAGUGGCUUCCUCAAGAAGAUCGGCUACGACCCAACGGCUGUGCCUUUCGUUCCCAUUUCCGGCUGGACCGGGGAGAACAUGAUCACUGCGACUCAAAGGAUGCCGUGGUAUCAAGGUUGGAAAGUCAGACGAAGGGAAGGGAUUUCAAGUGGGAAAACUCUUCUUGAAGUGCUGGACUCCAUUCAGCCACCUGUGCGCACAAUCAACAAGCCACUGCGAUUACCCCUGCAGGAUGUGUACAAAAUUGGAGGGGUUGGGACUGUACCAGUGGGGAAGAUUGAGACUGGCAUCCUCAAACCUGGCAUGACCCUGAUGUUCUCCCCUGCCAAGCUUACUGCAGAGGUCAAGUCAAUUGAGAUGCACCACCAGGGCUUGCAGACUGCUCUUCCAGGGCACAAUGUUGGCUUCAACAUUAAAAACGUGGCCGUGAAGAACCUGCGUCGUGGGGACGUGGCCGGCAAUGCUCAGCAGGAUCCUCCCUCAGACGUCAGCAGCUUUGAAGCUCAGGUGAUCAUACUGAACCACCCAGGAAAGGUCAAAGCAGGCUACUCUCCCGUCCUGGACUGCCACACCGCCCACGUCACCUGUCGCUUCGCUGAGCUGAAGGAGAAGCUCGACCGUCGCACAGGCAAUAAACUGGAGGACCUGCCACAGACGCUCAUGUCUGGAGACGCUGCCACAGUCAAACUAGUUCCCAUCAAGCCCAUGUGUGUGGAGAGCUUCUUCACAUACCCUCCUUUAGGUCGCUUUGCGGCGAGAGACCUGAAGCAGACGGUCGCUGUCGGGGUCAUCAAGUCAGUUGAGAAGGACCAAGGGUCUAAACACAAAGUUCAAGUGUGUAAAUAAGUUGUUUUUGUUUACCAAAAUUCUGGUAGCUUCAUGUAAACAUUUUCAUUUGGUAAAAUGUGCUAUUUGUGUUGUGACACAAAGUAUUUAUGUUGUCUUUAGAGUAUAUAGUAUUCCUGUGUUGAUAUUGAAUCUAAACAAAGCUAAAGAGUUGGAUGGUGUACUUUGGUUAAAUGAAAGCAAAAUAAAGUGAUUUUGAGAACUUUA